GCAAAACGAGGCCGCAUUCGCCGGACCAUGAGCUGGCUUUCCAGUUUGACGUCUGCGGAGAACGCAGCUGCUCUUUUCAAGCAGGCAGUAUCACAUGUUGAGAGUAAGAUUGAUCAAGUCCUCGACAUUCCACAGGGUCCCAACCAGAAUGCCAACACUCGACAACAGCAUGAAGCAGAUGCCUCAAGAGUCUCUCCUAGAUCUUCUACAGGGUUCCGAGCUCUCAGAGAUCUUUCCGCUUCCUUAACGACAGGGUUACAAGCAGUAAACGCGGACUCAACGCCGCGCUCCUCGCGACAUCCUUCGGAGACCUCCCCUCAGACGUCUGUGCAUUCGACCACAUCAGAGCUACCCCCCAAUGCACAGCGCUCGGCUCCACUAGAUAGUUCUGAGAUUGCAGAGGCCCUGAACAAAGCGGAGAAAGAAGGCACGGAGACGCCUUCCCUUACUGUGGACGAAAAUGCACAACAAAUGGAAAGUGAGAUACCCACCACGAUCGCUUUCGGGGAAGACCCGGAUAAAAGUACCGAGGGAGUUGUGGAUAACGAUUCGACAAUGAAUGACGCACUAGAAACACCGGAAGAUCAGAAGUUGAUUAUGGAAAAGGAAACCGUAGCAACGAGCCAUAAGACGGAUGGGCCACUAUCUGACCCAGCUGAGGGGAAAGGCAUGGUAGCAGAGGAGCUAGCGUCAAGUAGCGAGAAUAUUGUCCCUCGAAUACAAGAGUCGGCAAUACAUAAGGAUACCGAUCUGCAAACUGAGACGAUAGGGCCUGCUUCAGUAAUUGAGGAUGUUGCAUCAGUAAUUCCUCCCAUUGACCUUACGAGCACUUUAUCGGAACCUCUUUCACCGUCUGAUGAGACAGAGGACCACGCACCUGGCGCUGCUUCCCCCAAAUCAAAUCGAACCGAUUUACCAUCUUCCGCCGAUGAUAGUAAAGAGCUAGCGAGGCUGAGGGCGAUUAUCGAACAGCGCGAGCAACAACUGAUGAAAACAAUGCAGGAGAACGCAACUUUAACUGACACACUCACAAGCUUGAAAACCCAACUGGAACAGUCCGAAGCUCAGCGCAAUGUGGAGGCAACUGCGGCAGAUGAUAAAAUCAGAGAUCUCACAGAGAGGCUUAAUUCUCUUGAGCGACAGCAAAGCGCUACGUCUCAGACAUCGGUGAACGAAGCGCUCUUAAAGCUGCAACAAAAGGAGGAAAUGAUUACUCAACUGAUGGCGGAAGGUGAGAAAUUAUCGAAAGCAGAGCUCAAGGCCAACACUACAAUCAAGCGACUGCGCACGGAAAAGAUUGACAUUGAAAAGCAGAUGAAAGAUGUCACCACCAAGUUAGGUCAGACGAAUCUGGAAGUUACCGGCUUGAAGAGUAAAUUGGCGGAACAGGCCGAUAAUGAAAAGAAGCAGACCGAAAUGAUACGUUCCCUUAAGGAGGUGAACGAGCGACAGACAAAAGAAAUCACGCGCCUCCAAACGGAGCUCGCGACCGCUCGGGAACAGCAGACUGAGGUGCAAUCGGCUCUGGACCGGGUGAAGUCAGAGUUUGACGAGGCCCAAAAGGCUCAUCGGGAAGCAACGUCUGCUGUUGAAUCUCAGGCCCUGGAUAUACAGGUCCGUCUCAACAAUGAUCUUCGUAGCGAACUUGAAACUGUCAAGCGGGAUGCGGAAGUGCUUCAGCAGUCACUGACAAAAGAUGUCCAUGAUCUAAGGAUGACAUUAGCUCAGAGAGAGGAAGAUGCGGGAUGGAAAGAAGAUAUGUUACGACGGGAUAUUGACAUCCUUCAGCAAAAACUUCAAGCGGCAGAGGCUCGAAAUAAUGAGUUCUAUGCGUCCGGCCAGGAUGCCACGCUACCCCUACUACGACAAAUUGAUGCACUACAAUCACAACAUAAUUCUGCUCUUCGGAAAUGGGAACAACUGGAGCGAAGCCUUACUAUGCGAAUUCACGAAGCCGAGCAGCAACGGGACACAGCUACAUCGAAGGAAAACAAUUUCCAAAGUCGGAUCGACAAGCUGCUCUUGAGAAUACAGGAACUCGAGGGCCAAGUGAGAUCUGGAAUAGAGGAAACGGCACGACUGUCUAGGCAGCUUGAGGCGAAGGAAAAGCGUAUCAGCGAGCUGCAGCCACAGAUUUCGUCGCUGGAGACGAAAUGUACCCAGCUAGAUGCAAAAUAUGCGCAAUCUUUGCAGGAUGCGACCAAAUUGGAGGAGAAUUUCCGAAAGCGGUUGGAGGAGGAGCGACUAAAAUGGGAAGAGCGCUAUCGAUUAGAACAAAAGCAGGUGGAGAAUAUCAAGGACGAGAGACCUUCUUUACGAGUAGAGAUACCACCACCACAAUCCCAGACGGGCAUAUCUACCCCCAGGCAGAAUUCUGCAUCGUUCAUUGGAGGGGAGUUCCGCACCAGUGACACAUCACUCGGAGCCUCCAUGAAUACAGCUGCGGUUAUAGAUCGCCUCCAUGCCAGUGUCAAACAUUAUGAAGGGCAACUCGGUUCUUUACAGUUACAAUUGCAUUUGGCGGAGGAGGGGCGAAAUGAGCUAGCCGAGGAGCUGGUCAGAUUGACGGCAGAGCACGAAGAAAUGACCAAACUUUGCGCGGAACUUCGUGCUCUUGCAAAAGAGAAGGAGGAUCUUAAUACAAGAUAUCUAGCUGCGCUGGAGUUGCUGGGCGAGAAGACGGAACGCGUCGAAGAAUUGCAAGCGGAUAUCCUUGAUAUGAAAGAGCUCUUCAAACAGCAGGUAACUGAUCUGGUGGCUGAAUUGGACGAGCUACGAAGAAGCUCGCAGCGAAAAUAGAUUGUCCUCCUACAGAUAGAACAUUUCUGCAUGUAUUUGGUAUACAAUGGGACGGUUGACUGGCGUAUGACCAUAUUCGAGACAUUUCAGUUCACCGAGGGACGGUGCGUCCGUCGCGGUGUCGAAUGUUCAGUGAUCAAUUAGAAUGGGUCAAUGCUCGCUGAGGCAUGUGUAUGCGAUACAUUCAUAGUUUUCUGUUAUUUCAUCGCGCUUGCAAUGCCACCUAUAUAAGGUAGCAACGUCAGGGGAUGCAACCGGUGACGAGCAAUUAGGGUUCUACAAUAGGAAUAUACCGAGAAGAGAAAUGGAU